AUGGAAAAUUCUGCUUGGUUAGUGCUUUCUCAAUUAUAACACCCCAAGUUAAAAAGUAGUCUGCUCCUUCCCGUACCUAAUUGCAAUACCACUCUCUGCUUUGUUGCUGUUGCUUAAUCCUUUUGGCUUUCCCCAUCCCUUCGACUCACUACCUCUUUCCCAUUUUAUCAUCCAUUCCUAACUUGGCUCUCAUUCACCGUCUCUCUGUUUGGAACCCAAACUCUGCUCCUUUCAUUUCCUUGUUUAUUUUCAUUUGCUCCACCCUCUUCUUAGUUUCCUCUUAUUUUCUCAGUUCCUAUCUGUUUUCCAACAUAACCAAAUUCCCAAAAAAAAAAAAAAAAAAAACCACCAUCUGUCUUCAUAGCUUGGUAAUCUACUCUUCACAUUCGGGCUCACAUCAGGAUCUGCUUGCAAAACACCAACUUCCUUUGUUCUCGUUUUGUCACACUGAAUCAAAUUGCAUGCAUUCCUUGAGCUUUCUACAUCUCUUCACUCCCUACUUCUUUGUCAUUUUUUCUACCUUCACUCAUAUUCGCUACUGAUUCUGCUUUUCAUUUUGUUGGUGACCGUCUCUCUGCUUGGAACAAAUACUCUGCUCCUUCCAUUUCUUCCACUUUCUUAUUUUAGUUUCCCCUUGUUCCUGCUUCCAUUUGUUUCUGUUUUUUCAUCAUUUACCUUCUGUUUUCCCAACAAAACCCCACACACACACACACAAAAAAAAAAAAAAAUCCAACUGAGACGAAAUGACAGAGAUCAUUUUUGCCGUUGCUGCAAAAGUUUCAGAGUACUUGGUUGCUCCAAUUGGACGCCGGCUUAGUUAUCUGUUUUGCCAUCGGAACUAUACUGAUGAACUCCACAACAAAGUUGAGAAGCUGGGGAAGGAGAGGGAUGACGUGCUGAUAACUGUUGAUGAAGCUAGGAGAAGAGGGGAUGAAAUCAGACCUAUCGUUCAGGAGUGGCUGAAUCGGGUUCAUGAGAUUACACGGGAGGCCGAGGCGUUGAAGAAGGAUGAAAACAAGAGCUGUUUCAAUGGGUGGUGUCCUAAUCUCAAGUCACGGUACCUGCUAAGCAGGGAAGCGGACAAGAAGGCGCAGGUUAUUGUUGAAGUCCAAGGAAACCGCAAUUUCCCCGAUGGCGUAGCAUUUCGUGUCCCUCCACGGAAUGUAGCGUUUAAAGAAUAUGAAUCUUUUGAGUCAAGAGACUUGACUUUGAACAAAAUUAUGGAUGCAUUAAGAGAUGAUAAGAUGAAGAUGAUUGGGGUAUGGGGGAUGGGCGGUGUGGGCAAAACCACGCUGGUCAAACAAGUGGCUCAAGUAGCUGAAGAUGGCAAGUUAUUUGACAAGGUGGUGAUGGUCGCUGUAUCCCGAGAACAAAACUUGGAAAAUAUUCAAGCCGAGAUUGCAGAUUCCUUAGGUUUGAAUAUCCAAGAGAAGGGUAAAUCGGGAAAAGCGAAUCGGCUAAUUGACAUAUUGAAGAAAAAGAAGCUCCUCAUAAUUCUGGAUGAUAUUUGGGCGAAACUCGACUUGAAGGCUGUAGGAAUUCCUUGUGGGGACGAUCAUGUAGGGUGUAAAAUUGUGGUGACUUCUAGAAGAAUAGAUGUCUUAUCUCAAGACAUGGGCACUCAACCAAAUUUUGAAAUUCGAAUUUUAUCAAAUGAUGAAGCGUGGCAGUUAUUUCAGAAGACAACAGGUGGCAUUCCGGAAUUGGAUGUACAAUCCGUAGCAAGGAAGGUAGCUGAGAAGUGUGGAGGUUUACCCAUUGCACUUGUUACCGUUGCAAAGGCGCUAAAGAAUAAGAGUUUGCCUUAUUGGGAUGAUGCCUUACGACAACUGACAAGUCCUGUUAUGAUAGACAUAAGAGAAAUGGGUGAAAAUGUAUACAAAAGUCUAGAGUUGAGUUACGAUUACUUGGAGAUUGAAGAUGCCAAGUUAUUGUUUUUGCUUUGUGGUUUGAUGGGUAAUGGUGACAUUUCACUGGAUGACUUGUUCAAGUGCAGCCUGGGCUUGGGUUUUUUUCAGCGUAUCAAGACAUUGGACGACUCAACAAAUAGGCUUCAAGUAUUGGUAGAUAGCCUCAAAGCCUCCAGUUUAUUAUUCGACAUCGACAGAAAGGAAGCCUCCAGUUUUUUAUUAUACAGAAACAGAAAGGAGUAUGUGAAGAUGCACGAUGUUGUUCGCGACGUUGCCAGAGAACUUGCAUCCAAGGAUCCUCGGUAUAUGGUAAUAGAAGCCACGCAAUCAGGGAUACAUGAAUCCACAAGCUGCGUUCACCUUUCUUUAAGUCACGCAGGUACCCUUGACCUUGGUGAAAUAUCGGACCGUCCCAAAAUUGAAUUUUUUCGAUUGGUCAAUGAAGGUGGACCUUUGAAAAUUCCGGACCCCCUUUUUAAUGGCAUGGGCAAACUCAAAGUAUUACACUUGUUUCGAAUGGAAUUUUCAUCACUACCUUUGUCACUUCAAUCCCUUGCAAAUCUCCGAACAUUGUGUCUUCACCGCUGCACGUUGGGAGGCGUUGCUGGAAUUGGAGAGCUAAAGAAACUAGAAGUUCUUAGCUUUUGGCGUUCCAAUAUCGUACAAUUGCCUAGAGAGAUAGCACAAUUGACCUGUCUAAGAUGGUUGGAUCUGAGAGAUUGCUAUGAACUUCAAGCAAUUCCACCAAAUAUCUUAUCAAACCUAUCUCAAUUGGAGCAUCUUUGCAUGGAACUUUCUAGAUUUAUUCUGUUCGAGGAUGAGGAAAUUAAUCAAGAAAGAAAUGCUGGCCUUUCAGAAUUGAAACAUUUGUCUCGCUUGACAACUUUAGAUAUAGCAGCACAAGAUCUGAAGUUGCUGCCAAAAGACAUGGUCUUUGAGAAGUUGACAAGAUUUAAAAUAUUUAUAGGUGGUUGGUGGGGAUUGGACUCAAUUUGUGAAACCAAAAGAGCAUUGAAGCUCUGUAAAGCUGGUGGAACCCUUCAUUUGGUGGAUGGGAUUGGCAAGUUGUUGAAAAAAACUGAAGAGCUCUCCUUAAGGGAAUUGAGUGGUACUAAAAGUGUUUUUCAUGAAUCAUAUAAAGAGGAUUUUCUUCAAUUGAAGCAUCUCGAUGUCGAUAGCAGUCCAGAGAUUCAAUAUAUUGUGGAUUCAAAGUACCCGCGGUUUCAAGAACACGAUCUCUUUCCUUUGUUGGAGUCAUUGCUUCUUCGUGAUCUGAUUAACUUGGAAAAAGUAUGCCACGGACCAAUUCCAAGAGGGUCUUUUGGUAACUUGAAAACUCUGAAGGUGAUGAAAUGCCAUGGAUUGAAAAUUUUCCUAUCUCUUACCAUGGCUACAGGCUUUUUGCAUCUUCAAAAUAUAGAAAUAGGAGAAUGCAAUGUCAUGCAACAAAUAAUCGCAUAUGAAAGGGAGUCAGAAAUAAUAGAAGAUGGCCAUGGUGGGACAACCUUGCAACUAUUCCCCGAACUACAGUCUUUGAGACUUUAUAAACUACCAGAGCUCAUGAACUUCAGCUCUAAGGUAGAAACUACAUCUUCCACGUCUCUAGCAAGGAAUGCCAGGUCGGAAGGCAAUUGUGAUAAUCGCAUGUCAUUUUUCAGUAACCAGGUUUCAUUCCCUAUUUUAAAGAAGUUGAUACUUCAUGAUCUUCCCAAAUUGAGGGAGAUAUGGCAUCACCAACUUCCACUUGGGUCCUUCAACAAUUUGAAAAUCUUAGAAGUUCAGAAUUGUCUAGGCCUAUUCAAUCUUAUUCCAUCUCAUUUGAUACAAAGAUUCAAUAAUUUGAAAGAAUUAGAGGUGGAUAACUGUGAAGUCCUAAAACAUGUGUUUGAUCUUCAAGGACUUGAUGGAAAUAUUAGGAUUCUCCCAAGGUUAGAAUCCUUACGGCUAAAGGCACUACCUAAGUUGAGGCGUGUUGUAUGCAAUGAGGAUGAUGACAAGAAUGAUAACGUGAGGUGUCUUUUCUCUUCUUCCACGGCUUUUCACAACCUUAAAUUCCUAUCCGUCACAAAUUAUGGGAACAAAGUUGAAGAUGAGGGACAUAUCAUUACUCCUAUGGAAGAUGUAGUGCUCUUCGAUGGAAAGGCUUCAUUCCCUAAUUUGGAGAAUUUGAUACUUUAUGAUCUUCCCAAAUUAAGGGACAUAUGGCAUCACCAACUUCCACUUGGGUCCUUCGACAAUUUGAAAAUCUUAGAAGUUCAGAAUUGUCUAGGCCUAUUCAUUCUUAUUCCAUCUCAUUUGAUACAAAGAUUCGACAAUUUGAAAGAAUUAAAGGUGGAUAACUGUAAAGUCCUAAAACAUGUGUUUGAUCUUCAAGGACUUGAUGGAAAUAUUAGGAUUCUCCCAAGGUUAGAAUCCUUACGGCUAAAGGCACUACCUAAGUUGAGACGUGUUGUAUGCAAUGAGGAUGAUGACAAGAAUGAUAACGUGAGGUGUCUUUUCUCUUCUUCCACGGCUUUUCACAACCUUAAAUUCCUAUCCGUCACAAAUUGUGGGAACAAAGUUGAAGAUGAGGGACAUAUCAUUACUCCUAUGGAAGAUGUAGUGCUCUUCGAUGGAAAGGCUUCAUUCCCUAAUUUGGAGAAUUUGAUACUUUAUGAUCUUCCCAAAUUAAGGGACAUAUGGCAUCACCAACUUCCACUUGGGUCCUUCGACAAUUUGAAAAUCUUAGAAGUUCAGAAUUGUCUAGGCCUAUUCAAUCUUAUUCCAUCUCAUUUGAUACAAAGAUUCGACAAUUUGAAAGAAUUAAAGGUGGAUAACUGUGAAGUCCUAAAACAUGUGUUUGAUCUUCAAGGACUUGAUGGAAAUAUUAGGAUUCUCCCAAGGUUAGAAUCCUUACGGCUAAAGGCACUACCUAAGUUGAGGCGUGUUGUAUGCAAUGAGGAUGAUGACAAGAAUGAUAACGUGAGGUGUCUUUUCUCUUCUUCCACGGCUUUUCACAACCUUAAAUUCCUCCUAUCCAUCACAAAUUGUGAGAACAAAGUUGAAGAUGAGGGACAUAUCAUUACUCCUAUUGAAGAUGUAGUGCUCUUCGAUGGAAAGGUUUCAUUCCCUAAUUUGGAAGAGUUAACACUCAAUGGUCUUCGCAAGUUGAAGAUGAUAUGGCAUCAACAACUUUCUCUUGAAUCCUUUUGCAGAUUACAGAUCCUAAAUGUGUGGAAUUGUCCACGUUUUUUAUCUUUUUCCAAGUUCAAGGAUUUUCAUCACCACAAAAAGUUAAGUACCACUAAUUGUGAGAUGCUCUUGGAUGAAAAGGUUGCAUUCCCUCCUAAUUUGGAGGAGUUGGUUUUAAAAAGCCUUCCCAAGUUGACGGAGAUAGAUAUUGGGAAUCUCUCAAAGUUAAAAAUUCUAAAGUUAAAGGAACUACAUGGAUGUCAUUUGUUUAAGGUUUCACUUUCUCCUAAUUUGAAGGAGAUAGUUCUAAAACGUCUUCCAAAAUUGGAGGAGAUAGAUUUUGGGAUCCUCCCAAAGUUAGAAAUCCUAAAGUUAAAGAAACUACCUCAAUUAAGACAUAUUAUAUGCAAUGAGGAUAAGAAUUUCAGCAAGAGAUGUGUUUUGUCUUCUUCAAUGUUCAAGAAUUUUCACAAUCUCAAAGAGUUACGUAUCAUUGAUUGUGGGAUGGAAGACAUGAGAGGUCAAUACUUCUACUAAUGAUGAAGUGCUCUUCAAUGAAAAGGUUUCAUUCCUUGAAUCAAGAGCCUCCACUCUGAACGAUAUUAUGGAUGCCUUAAGAGACGACAAUAUCAACUUGAUUGGAGUAUGGGGCAUGGCCGGUGUGGGCAAAACAACACUGCUGAAACAAGUGGCUCAACAAGCUAAGCAACAGCGGUUGUUCACCAAACAAGCCUAUAUGGAUGUAUCCUGGACUCGAGACUCGGAUAAACGUCAAGAAGGAAUUGCGGAACUUCAACAAGAAAUUGAGAACGCGUUGGACUUGUCACUUUGGAAGCGGAAUGAAUCCACAAAAGCAAAUAAACUGAAGCAGGCACUGAAGGAAGAGAAGAUCCUUAUUAUCUUAGAUGAUAUUUGGACGGAAGUUGAUUUGGAGCAAGUCGGAAUUCCUUCUAAAGAUGACAUUUGGACGCAAUGCAAAAUAGUGUUGGCUUCGAGAGAUGGAGACCUAUUAUGCAAAGGCAUGGGCGCACAAAGAUGUUUUCCAGUGAAACGUUUACCACCAGAUGAAGCUUGGAGUUUUUUUAAGAAGACAGCAGGUGAUUCCGUGGAGGAGAAUCUUGAACUGCAACCCAUAGCCAUUCAAGUAGUUGAAAAAUGUGAUGGUCUACCAAUUGCAAUUGUAACAAUUGCCGAGGCAUUAAAAGAUGAGACCGUGGCUGUAUGGGAGAAUGCCUUGGAACAACUUAGGAGUUGUGCACCAACAAACAUUAGAGCAGUGGAUAAGAAGGUUUACUCAUGUCUGGAGUGGAGCUACACCCAUUUGAAGGGUGAUGACGUUAAGUCAUUGUUCUUACUUUGUGGGAUGCUGGGCUAUGGUUAUAUUUCAUUGGAUCUCUUGUUACGAUAUGGUAUGGGUCUGGAUUUGUUUGAUCGCAUCGACUCAUUGGAGCGAGCAAGAAAUAGACUACUUGCAUUGGUGGAAAACCUCAAAGACUCAGGCUUGUUACUUGACAGUCAUGAAGAUACACACAAGUUUGAUGAAGAAAUAGAUUCAAAUUCACUUUUCAUGGAUGCUGAUAACAAGUUUGUGAGGAUGCACAAUGUUGUUUGUGAAGUUGCCAGAGCAAUUGCAUCCAAGGAUCCUCAUCCAUUUGUAGUCAGAGAAGAUGUUAGAGUGGAAGAAUGGUCAGAGACUAAUGAAUCCAAAAGGUGCGCUUUCAUCUCUUUGCAUUGCAAAGCUGUGCAUGACCUUCCUCAAGAGUUGGUAUGGCCGGAACUUCAAUUUUUCUAUUGCAGAACAACAAUCCUCCCUUGAAUAUCCCGAACACAUUUUUCGAAGGGAUGAAAAAACUCAAAGUUUUGGAUUUGUCCCGUAUGCAUUUUACAACACUACCAUCAUCACUUGAUUCCCUUGCAAAUCUCCGAACAUUGCGUCUGGAUGGGUGCGAGUUGGGAGACAUUGCUCUAAUUGGAAAGCUAACGAAACUAGAAGUUCUUAGCUUGGUGGGUUCUACAAUCCAACGAUUGCCUAAAGAAAUGAUGCAACUGACCAAUCUAAGACUCUUGGAUUUGGAUUAUUGCAAGAAGCUUGAAGUAAUUCCACGAAAUAUCUUAUCAAGUUUGUCUCGAUUAGAAUGUUUGAGCAUGAUAUCUGGCUUUACUAAAUGGGCGGUUGAAGGUGAAAGCAAUGCUUGUUUAUCAGAGCUAAAUCAUUUGUCUCAUUUGACAACUUUAUUUAUAGAAAUACCAGAUGCUAAGUUGCAACCAAAAGACAUUCUAUUUGAGAACUUGACAAGAUAUGGGAUAUCUAUAGGUAUUGGGUCUAUAGGUACUAGGUGGAGGUUCAGAACCAAAAGAGCAUUGGUGCUCGGAAAAGUCAAUAGAAGCUUAUAUUUGGGGGAUGGAAUAAGCAAGUUGUUGGAGAGAAGUGAAGAACUUCUGUUCUGGGGAUUAAGUGGUACUAAAUAUGUGCUUUACCCAUCAGCUAGGGAGAGUUUUCGUGAACUGAAGCAUCUUGACGUUUGGUAUAGUCACGAGAUUCAAUAUAUCAUUGAUUCAAAGGAUCAAUGGUUUCUGCAACAUGGUGCCUUUCCUCUAUUGGAGUCAUUGAUUCUUCAUUCUCUGAACAAUUUGGAAGAAGUAUGGCAUGGCCCAAUUCCAAUAGGGUCUUUUGGUAACUUAAAAACUCUAGAAGUGGAGUCAUGUCCUAAAUUGAAAUUUCUCCUUCUGCUUUCCACAGCUAGAGGCCUUUCCCAACUUGAAAAAAUGACAAUAAAAAAAUGCAAUGCCAUGCAACAAAUAAUCGCAUAUGAAAGGGAGUCAGAAAUAGAAGAAGAUGGACAUGUUGGGACCAACUUGCAACUAUUCCCAAAAUUGCGAUCCUUGGAACUCGAGAAUCUACCACAGCUCAUCAACUUCAGUUCCGAGUUUGAAACAACAUCUUCCACAUCUUUGAGUACAAAUGCAAGGUCAGAAGACUCAUUUUUCAGUCAUAAGGUUUCAUUCCCUAAGUUAAAGAAGUUGACACUCAAAAAUCUGCCCAAGCUGAAGGAUACAUGGCAUUAUCAACUUCCAUUUGAAUUCUUCUUCAAUCACGGAUCUUAAGGGUGUACAAAUGUCCAUGUCUACUCAAUCUUGUCCCAGUUCAUUUGAUACACAGCUUCCAGAAUUUAAAAGAGAUAGAUGUGCAACGUUGUGAACUCCUAGAGCAUGUGAUUAUUCUUCAAGAAAUUGAUGGAAAUGUUGAGAUCCUCUCAAAGUUAGAAACCUUGAAAUUGGAGAACUUGCCUAGGCUGAGAUGGAUCAAAGAUGGGAAUGAUAUGAUGAAACAUAUUUCCUCUCUUCUGACACUCAUGAAUAUUCAAAACCUUCAAGAACUACAUAUCACUAAUUGUAGUAUGGAAGACUCGCGGAAAAUGUAGUACUCUUUUGUGAGAAGGUACACUGGAUAUACUUUAUGUUCUGCCCUAUUUGAGAUGAAGUACAGAUGCAGCCUUUGAAAGAGAAACUAUUAAUGAAGUUUGAGAAAUUGUCAAUGAUGUUUCCUUCAAUCAUUUCCUUCAUUUGAUAGAGUUUAUUUAUUCAAGCACAUGCUAGAUUUUCAUAUGCAUUUUGUUCUGUUCAUUGUUAUAUCCCUAAUAAAAUUGUUUGUUAAGUGUGUGGUCUUGCACAAUGAUGAAAGUUUUAUAUAUUAGUAUUCGACUU